AUGAUUGCAUUACUACAGUUUAAUAUCCCAAAAGUCGGUCUACCCACGUUAACUUCGGUUCGUGGUACGUGGAGUAUGAAAAAUUCGAUUCAAAGUUUAUUCUGGCGUCCAAGAAGUCAUAAACCAUCACUUUUUUCUAGAACACAUAACUUAUUUCUUGAACGGGCCUUUCAACAACGGGUUGCCUUCUUUCAUACAUCUCGUGUUUCUUCCGUUUUUGAAUUGUCUCCCCGGAGAAAACUUCCUGAUGUUUCUGAAUUCUCUCCAAAUAACAAACGUAUUCCAUCUCUCUUUGCUUUUUUUUGUUUUGUAUGGGCCGCUUGUGCGUUUUAUGCCAUUCAUUAUGGUAAACAAAACUCCAAUGUUACGCAAAUUGUAAUGUAUCGAGUGCAACAUUCCAAAGAAGCACUCAAACUUUUAGGCGAGAAUAUCCAAUUUAGGUACCCAUUCCCUUGGAUUAAAGGCAAACUUCAUAAACGAUAUGGCAUAAUAGAUAUAUCUUUUGAAGUAACCGGCUCUCAAAACUUGGGUAUUGUUCAUUACAAGAGUCAACGCUUUGGUCCUAUACCUCAUUGGGUUGAGCUGGAAUGCUCUUUAAUUUCUAAUGGAAAGACAGUUCCUCUCAACUCUUUAGAAUAUGAUAAUCAAUGGUGA